AUGGAGAUCACCCGGAAUCCGCGCUUAUGCCUCGAUGGAAUACGAGGCAUGACACCCCGCGGCGCAGUGGAUGAGUUUGUUUUCUUCUUGCAGGACGAGAAAAACGACCCAGGCACGGUCGCCUUCGAUACAGCCAGGCCCGCAAGCCAGCGACAGAACGAAAACGCAAGCCCCCUCCUGUCGAGGAAUAAUGAAACGGCGACAGUCGGGCAGCAACAGGGACCCAUCCUCGAUAGAUCAUCCAUCCACAUCUCCGGGCUUGCCAAGACCCCGCCUUCCCAAAACAAAUUGCUUCCCGAGAACCUCGAGGUCCUUGGCCUGGGGAGUAGCGGCUACGUGUACAAAUGUCCCAGAGGCUUCGCAUACAAAGUGCACGUCAGCCAGCGAGAGGUCGACCUCAUGAAGGCGGCCGGUGACUGCUCCGUUGCCCCCCUGAGCCGUCUCGUGCCGGCCGAAAAGCGCAAGGCUAUCCAGGAAGAGAUGGUCAGUCUGGUCGAGCGCCUCCACAGCAGCGAAAUCGGCCUUGUCCACGGCGACAUCAAGCCUGCCAACUUUCUGCGGUGCCGCGACGGUAAGCUCCGGCUGUGCGAUUUUGACUCUGCUCGGCUGAUCGCCGACGAGGAGGCCGAGGGCUGGGAAGGUUUUGUCAGCGAGCGCUACGUGGCCCCAAGCCGCGGUUUUCCCGACUACGGGCCACCCACUGUCGGCGACGACAAUUACGCCUUGGCAAUUUCUGUGUGGGAGCUCUUUACGGGAAAGGACGCUUUAAUCGAUGAGGACAUGGAGGAAGUUUCGAAAUAUGGCAGGGCAGUUGACGUGGAUGAAUUGGAGGAUGACGAUAUCCGGGAGUUUGUGCGUAAUCGGCUGAGAGACGGGGGCGCGAAGGUAUAG